AUGGCUGUCGGAACUGUUCUCAUCACCGGUGGCACGGGCUACAUCGGCUCCUUCACGACUCUGGCCCUGCUCGACGCCGGCUACGAUGUCGUCAUUGUCGACAGUCUCUACAACUCGUCCAAGGUUGCCGUUGACCGGAUCGAGCUGCUGGCCGGCCGCCGCCCCGACUUUUACCAGGCCGACAUCACCGACGAGAAGGCGCUGGACGAGGUCUUUGCCAAGCACCCGGCCAUCGACAGCGUCAUCCACUUUGCUGCGCUCAAGGCGACAGCUUUCCAGGCCGUCGGAGAGUCGUCCAUCAUCCCCCUCGAGUACUACCGCGUCAACGUCGGCGGCAGCAUUGCGCUCCUCCAGUCCAUGACCCGCCACAAUGUCACCAACAUUGUCUUCUCCUCCUCCGCCACCGUCUACGGCGAUGCCACUCGAUUCCCCGACAUGAUCCCCAUCCCCGAGCACUGCCCCAUUGGCCCGACCAACCCCUACGGCCGCACCAAGUCCAUGAUUGAGGACGUCAUCACCGACCAUGUCAACGCCCAGCGCACCAACCUGGAGAAGGAGGGCAAGCCCUUCCAGCAGUGGAACGGCGCUCUGCUGCGCUACUUCAACCCUUGCGGUGCGCACCCCAGCGGCAUCAUGGGCGAGGAUCCCCAGGGCGUUCCUUUCAACCUGCUUCCCUUGCUGGGGCAGGUUGCCACUGGCCAGCGCGAGAAGUUGCUGGUCUUUGGCGAGGACUACUCCUCCCGCGACGGAACCGCCAUCCGAGACUACAUCCACGUCGUGGAUCUUGCCCGAGGCCACUUGGAGGCCCUCAACUACCUCCGCGCCAAGCAGCCCGGCGUCAAGGCCUGGAACCUGGGCUCCGGCCGUGGCAGCACCGUCUUUGAGAUCGUCAAGGCUUUCAGCAACGUCGUCGGCCGAGACUUGAAGUACGAGGUCGUUGCCCGCAGACCCGGCGACGUCUUGGACCUGACUGCCAACCCCAAGCUGGCCAACGAGGAGCUGCAGUGGAAGACUGAGCUCACCAUGGAAAAGGCCUGCGAGGACCUCUGGCGGUGGGUCAGCAACAACCCCCAGGGAUACCGACAGGAGCCGCCGGCGGAGCUGUUGGCUGCUAUCAAGAAGGCGUAA